CGAUCCCUAAUUGUUACUAACUGUUUGUUACCUACCAUCUAGACGGACCCCUAAUGUAUAUACCGAUUAGAUGCGCACUUGACCUUCUUCCUCCGACUCCGAUUAAAUGGACAAGCUCUCGAAUGCUUUCUCUCUUCUCGCUUUCGCCGACGAAGAUGCUCCCGUAGCUUCUUCUUCUUCUUCCUCUGUGAAACAAGAAGAGAAAGCAAAAAAUGGGUCAACUGAGGUUGGAGAUUACAAGCAGCCACUUGUUUGGAUUGACUUGGAGAUGACUGGUCUAAAUGUUGAAGUUGACAGGAUAUUAGAGAUUGCAUGUAUAGUUACUGAUGGAAAUUUAAGCAAAUCAGUGGAGGGUCCAGAUUUAGUUGUACAUCAAACAAAAGAAUGUAUGGAUAAAAUGGGUGACUGGUGUCAAACUCAUCAUGGCGCUAGUGGGUUAACGAAGAAAGUGCUCCUUAGUACGAUAAGUGAAAGGCAAGCUGAGAAAGAGGUCAUUGAAUUCAUAAAGAAGCACGUUCGUUCUGGAAAUCCACUUUUAGCAGGAAAUUCUGUCUAUGUUGAUUUCCUUUUCUUAAAGAAGUACAUGCCAGAUUUGGCUGCUCUUUUCCCUCAUGUACUUGUUGAUGUAAGUAGCGUCAAGGCUUUAUGUUCCCGAUGGUUCCCCAAAGAGAAAAACAGAGCUCCUGCAAAGAAAAACAACCACAGAGCCAUGGAUGAUAUAAGAGAAAGCAUAAAGGAGCUUAAGUACUACAAGGAAACAAUAUUCAAAGCAAACAGAGCAAGAAGAUGAGUGGAGUUAGGUCCUGGGAUAUGCAGUUAGACGAAUCCGGUUUAGUUUUGGGACAUUGUCAAAUUUAUUCUCGUGAUGAUUGUACUCUGAAACCUCAAUUGAACUGUGGUUUCCUGAUAAAACCAAACAAGAAUGUUUCCCUACAAAAAGGAUCAUCCUUGUUUGUUAAUUUGGGAGAGGAAGCAAAAAAAGUUCAUUGAUCUA